AAUGGUGGAAAUGCAAACCGUUUCAUAACAGAGAGGCAGUGCAUGAGAAACUGUUCACACAGAGCCGAUGAACUGUUCCCCAAGGACAAAAGACAAGCUUGCAAUCUUCCAAAAAAGCCAGGGGAAUGUGUAGGUCACUAUCUCCGUUAUUACGGUCCUGAACAUCACACAUGCAAGGACCGGCUGUGUGGGCAAUGUUACAAUGCAGCAGAUGAAGGCCUUGAGGACUGUUCUGGUGCAUCAGAUGUACCAGUCGGAAUUAUCUUGGGUGUUGUGUUUGGUCUUACCGUUGCCGUUAUUCUCAUUGUGGUGAUUGUCUUUGCUGUCAAGAAAAAGAAUCUCAAAGAAACAUGGGAAAAAAGAUCCAAGUCUGCAGAGCAACCGCUGAAAGAGCAGGCCAUCAAGAUGGGAGACAGCCACUCUUGA